AUGAAUGAAAGUUGGACUCUGUAUGGAAAAGAAGUUGUAUCUUCAUUUGAUCUUUCUGGUUUUCAGCUCAUUUAUAAUCUAGAUGGAAAUAAUGUUUGCUUAGCCAAGGAAUUAAUUUCAAAGUACCCAAAUUGUACUGUGAAACUUUGUGACCUUCCUGAAAUUGUGGAAAAAUCAAAAAAAUAUAGUUCAUUUUCAGAUGAUUCCCGGAUCUCUUUCCAUGAAGGGGAUUGUUUUAAAAAUCCAAUUCCUGAAGCAGAUCUAUACAUAUUAUCAAAAGUCAUGUAUAAUUGGAGUGAUGAAAAGUGCAUCCAGCUGCUAACAAAAUUAUUUAUGGCCUGUAAGCCAGGUGGUGGAAUCUUAGUAGUGGAACCAAUUAUUGAUGAAGAAGUAUCUGGGUCUCUUACUGCUCAUUUGUACUGCAUUUUAUUGUUGCUUCACUCUGAAGGAAAAACACGGAAAGCAUCUGAAUAUCGUAUGCUCCUCAACACAGCAGGCUUUAAAGAUGUUCAGUCGAAGAAAGGAAAUGUCUUUGAUGUUAUUUUGGCCAGAAAACAAUAUUUAACAUUCUUCAUUCCUACUGAGUAUUAA